CUGCGGACGUGAUGCCUACAACCCGAAUGAUCCUCAACAUCUCCAGCAACCAGACAAGACAGACUUGAUAGAGACACUUUGAUUCAAAACACUGAAGCGAGACAUUCCUUCUGGAUCGAUCGACUCCGAAUAUCUACCCACACACCUCUCACACGCUGGAAACCCUCCGAGCUCUGUUUGCCUACCGCUUCACCUCCGAACAUUCAAGGACCACCAAUUCACGCCAUCAAACGCCCGAGAAGUGGUUACUACUUAGAAGAGAACCAUACCCAUCUUCACAACAGGGAGGUAUCACCUCAGAGACUUCGUCGGUCACAGCUCUUGACCUGCUGCAUGCAUUGUCGACCACCUUUCAGACCCUCCCUAUUCAGGGCGUCAUGAAUGGAGUUGACUACAAGCGCUUCGUGCGCUACUUUUACGAUCCUCCCCCCAAAUAUGAUGACAUGUCAGGGACGUCGAUCUGGCUACUGGGCAAAGAAUACAAGCCGACACCGCCGAAGCCUGUGACAACGACGGAUCACGACGACGUAGUAGAAGUGGAGUCGUCAACCGAAUCCCACGACCCUUCAGACACAAGUGGUUCAUCUACCACCGCAGACAUUCAAAACCAUUCCCAGCAACCUCAAUAUAUAUCUCAGAGUACAAGCACAUUGGAUGACGUCCAACAUGUCACAAAUGCCAAUCUCCCGUCGCUCUCGAACGACCCAGCCGACGGCGGGUGGCCGCACGCAUUCCUAGAUGAUUUUGAAUCACGGAUAUGGAUGACCUAUCGAUCCAACUUCUUACCCAUCCCUCGCUCUCAAGAGCCGUCGUCGAACUCCGGUCUCUCGUUCUCUGUGCGCCUUCGCAACCUUACUGAGCGAGAAGGAUUCACCAGCGACACUGGCUGGGGCUGCAUGAUUCGAUCCGGUCAAUCUCUGCUUGCUAACGCUUUACUGACGCUUCAACUUGGUCGAGACUGGCGGCGGUCCGCUUGUCCUUCAUCAACCGAAGCGUCGAUUAUAGCUCUUUUUGCCGAUUCUCCCUCAGCGCCGUUCUCCAUUCACCGCUUCGUUCAACACGGUGCAUCAUCCUGUGGCACUCAUCCAGGCCAAUGGUUCGGACCGUCUGCUACAGCCUCCUGCAUCAGGGAGCUCAGCGCGGAAUGUGCCGCUGCAGGUCUGCGAGUCUACGUCACUCCUUCCGCAUCUGAAGUAUACGAAGACCGAUUCCGGUCGAUCGCAGCCGCCAGCUCGAUGGACCCAACCAUCAAACCUACACUUAUACUGCUGGGUAUACGACUAGGCCUCGACAGGAUCACUCCAGUCUACCACGAGGCUUUGAAAAGCGCACUGACGUAUCCUCAAUCGAUCGGGAUCGCCGGCGGUCGGCCUUCAAGCAGCCAUUACUUCAUAGGAUGCCAGGGCGACAUGUUUCUCUAUCUUGAUCCGCACGAGACGAGACCAGCACUAGCUUAUCACGACAACGCAGCUGAGUACACAGACGAGGAGAUAGCUACGUGCCACACGCGGAGAUUACGCGGGUUGAGAAUUUCCGAGAUGGACCCUAGCAUGCUGAUCGGGUUCCUCAUCAAGGAUGAGGCAGACUGGAUUGAUUGGAAGCGUAGACUCAAAGAAGUCAGGGGAAAGGCUAUCGUCAGUGUCUUUGACAAGGAGCCGCCCGUGCCCGGUGAGACGAAGGAGCGCAAAGAGGCCGUCGAUGAAGUCGAGACUUUUGAUGACGAUGAAGACGAGGAUUGUGACGGAGAUGACGACGGGACUGUGACGGUGACGGGAAAGGACAUUGAACCGGAACCCCACGAUGUCCAUGCUGGCGGUGCGGCGCAAGAUGCCGAAGAUGAUGGUGUCAAGGUAGAUUUGCACACUGUGAGAAACGAAGAGGCGCCCCGGCAGGCCUCCUGAGACGAUGGACUAUGACUUGGAACGGAAUGAAAUGCAAAUGACAUGUAAUGCUUGAGGCGUUCUGGAUGACUCACUUGGUCACUGCUUUUGGGAAUGAGAAUAUUCUAUACUACCACGAUACGUUUGUGUGUUUGUUUUACUUGAUACCAAAAUACCUUCCUCUCGUA